UAAUGUGAAAUGACAGUAUGACUUAUAAAUAAGGCCCCACUUUUCGUCUUGAACAGUAUUGAGAGAAAUUUCUUGAAUGUCUUAUGGCAUCGAACAAGGUUAUAUAAAAUGAGAAUCCCUUUCCGUUCGUGAUGACUCACUCAAGACUAUUAGACACAAGUUCCCGAGUCCUGGUCGAAACAGUUUGUCGUACAAUGGGAAACAGAGAGUAACUAAAUCGAUCAUAAACCCUACAACUCUAAACAAUGGAGAUGAUACAUUUAAGUUCUCUAUUGCCCCUGAAGUGGACUGUCUACAAUUGUGUACUUUGGAUAGUGUUUAUAGUGCCGAACUGUGUGGCUUCCCUCUGUCCUAAAUGCCUUCAUAUGGAGUCAAACAGCUUUUAUGCUUCACUCGCAAAGUUGCCAUCAAAUCCCAAAUGUAAAGCGGGACACAUUCCAGAGCAGAGAACGUCUUGUCCUAACGAGUCUGCAGAAGACAAAGUACAAAUGUGUGGAUUUUUGACGGGGAAUUUGACAGUCAAAAUAAAUAUAAAUUUAAUAUCCCCAGUAGUGCAAGGAACAGUUACCUACUAUGACUGUGUGCUUGUGAGCAAAAAUACCCAAACAGAGUGCCAGACAAAUGCCACGGGUCCAAUGGAAAAAUCCCUGCUACAGGAGCUGGGCCCAGAUAUCCCUGAUGUUACUGUGUCGGCAUUCCAUGGCAAAUCCUGUCUUUCUUACCCUGUCACUAACGUCCAGGUAUCGUCAACAGCUCCAACUGUAGAAUCAACAGGCAUGGUAUCACCAACAGCUGGAACUGUACAAUCAACAGAACCUGAAAGAGGACAAAACCCUGGAAAUAAGGACUUAUCAUCAUCAUCAAAUGAACUUUAUUUAAAAUUCAAACUUUUUCUAUAUUUUAUUCCUAUAGUUUAUACACACAAGUUACUAAUGUUUUAAGAAUUUAGACUUGACUGAGGACAUCGGCCUGGAUAGCUCAGUGGUUGGGGCACCUGACUAGUAAUACAGGGGUCCCGGGCUCAAUUCCAGGUCCCACCAUCCAUAUAUUUUCAUGAUAAAUGUAUUUAUGAAUUUUCAAUGUUUGUUUACUCAUUCCUCCUUUCUAUAUUACAUAUGUAUACAAAUGUUUAAUCGUAUGUAAUAAUCGUAUGUAAUCAAAUGUGUUCUUAAGCAAAAAGACAAAGGUGUUUUUGUACAAAUAUAAAUAUGAAGUGCCUUUCAAAUGUCAAUUUAACGUUAUUUUAACCAAAGCCAUUGUUUGUUAGCGAUUACAAAAAAAUGGCUGCAUUUCAUUUCCGGAAUUUUUGAUAAUUAUCAACUUUUCAUUUCCAACAUUUUUUAGUUUUCAUUUCCGACAUUUUUUUUUCAUUUCUGACAUUUUUUCAAAUACAUAUGCAGUACCUAUAUAGUAACAAAUCUGAUAACUUAACAUAUGAAAAUUUUAAAGCAGUAAAUCAUAAGUAAAUCAUUGAAAUCCAAUGUUGUAAAUCUAUUAGUGACUUGGACAUAAGUAUGGUGCUGUCACUGACAUUUA